AUGUCUUGCUGUCAGCGAAGUUUCGACAGUAAACGCAUUGGAUACACAUUGGCAACCAGAAUGAUGAAGUGUAAUUUUAUCAGCAGAGCAGCAUUGACUGCUACGGGUUCGAAACUUGCAUUGCGCGCAUAUUCCACCUUGCCGCUAAGGGUUCCUAUCACACUACCCUCAGGAAUCACCUACGAGCAACCAACGGGUCUUUUUAUAGACGGGCAGUUUGUUCCUUCUCGCCAACACAAAACUUUUGAGGUUAUCAACCCUUCAACCGAGCAAGAAAUCACACACAUUUACGAAGCACGCGUGGACGACGUAGAUCACGCAAUUGCUGCAGCCAAGAAAGCGUUUGAUGGCUCCUGGAGUACUGCGGAUCCUGAAUUUAGAUCUAGGUGUCUGUAUAAGCUAGCGGAUCUGGUAGAAGAGCAUUCAGAAAUACUGGCAGGCAUUGAAUCACUUGACAAUGGUAAGUCACUCCUUUGUGCCCGCGGAGAUGUGGCCUUAGUUUCCAGAUACCUGCGCUCCUGUGCUGGUUGGGCGGAUAAACUUUAUGGACGUACCAUAGAAACUGGAUCCACCCAUUUUUCGUACACACGUCGGGAACCACUUGGCGUGUGCGCUCAGAUUAUACCUUGGAACUUCCCAUUGCUGAUGUGGUCAUGGAAACUCGGGCCCGCAUUAGCUACCGGAAACACGAUGGUUUUGAAGCCUGCAGAAGCCACACCUUUGUCCGCUUUGUACGCUUCGCAAUUAGUACAAGAGGCUGGCAUCCCAGCUGGCGUGGUAAACAUUUUGCCAGGAUUCGGUAAACUAAUCGGUGAACGACUAUGUACUCACAAGGACGUUAAAAAAGUUGCAUUUACUGGUUCCACUGCCACCGGCCGCCACAUUAUGCGCACUGCCGCCGAUGGUAUUAAAAAAGUUACGUUGGAACUAGGCGGGAAGUCGCCAAAUAUCGUGUUCGCGGAUGCUGACUUGGAAAAGGCGGUGCGCACGAUCGCAUUUGGUAUAUUUUACAAUUCUGGCGAAGUGUGUUGUGCGGGCUCUCGUGUUUACGUCCAAGACACCGUUUAUGAGGAAGUGUUACAAAAGUUCAAGGAGUAUGCCGAGUCCUUGAAAGUGGGAGACCCCUUCGAGAAAGACGUCUUCCAGGGAUCUCAGACCUCUCAAAUGCAAAUCGACAAGAUCUUAGACUAUGUUCAAAUAGGACAAAGUGAAGGCGCCCGGAUUGUCACAGGGGGUGAACGAUUGGGCGAUAAAGGUUACUUCGUUAAGCCAACUAUCUUUGCAGACGUCACAGAGGACAUGCGUAUCGUGAAGGAAGAGAUAUUCGGUCCUGUUGUUACCAUCUCUAAAUUCUCUACGGUCAAUGAAGUCAUUGAGAUGUCCAACGACAGUGAAUAUGGCCUAGCGGCAGGCAUCCACACCAAGGAUGUCAACAAAGCCAUUGACGUCUCUAAUCGUAUCAAGGCCGGUACUAUCUGGAUCAACACGUAUAACGACUUCCAUCAAAAUGUCCCAUUUGGGGGUUAUGGACAAAGUGGUAUUGGCCGAGAAAUGGGAGCGGAAGCUAUGGACAAUUAUACCCAAGUGAAGGCUGUGCGCAUGUCUAUUGACUGUGUUGACCGUUAA